AUGAGCUCGCAGGACAAUGUCCCGCGCUUCUCCAGCUUCCGACCCCCACCUCCACCUCCUCCGGAGGCCCCCACUGGUAAGGAACACCGCCGUCGCCAUCGCCAGAGCGUAGCCCAGACUGGGUCUCCGCGGUCUCAGCCCAUCCGCCGAGAUGAUCGUCCUUCAGAGACAGUUAAAGAUGUUGGGGUAGAGAAGCUUGAUGAAAAAGUCGGCUUCGUUGUCGAUACGCGAGGCGAUCGACAAAAUCUCAUCUACGGCACGACAUAUCGUUAUGACGUCCCCAAUUAUCGUCGCAUUGGUAGCGGGCUCGUGAUGGGUGCUCCGGGCAAACGUAUCGACAUUUCAACCCGAGACAGCGACACUUUAAUUCUGCGUGCCGACUCUGGCGUGUCCGCUCCCAAGCUCCUCUCCUCCGCCAAGCUGCCACCCUUGUCUCCCGCUCUCCCUAUCCGCGCCCGGUCCGACAAGCCAUCUGGUACCGAAGAUCAAAGCGACUUCAUCUCACUCGAGCUCUCACCUAAGCAACCAUCCGCAACUGAGAUCGAUGUCACUGAUGAGAGUCGGUCUUACCGCUCCAUCCUCGGUCCCAGCAAAUCUGAAGAAGCCACCACCAAGGACUACAAUGGCGAUAAGCUUACUCGAGUCGCUAUCGAGCAGAAAAUUCUGAACCGCAAUGCUGAGCUGAGUCGCCAGACGGAGCUAGACCCAGAGAAUGUCACUGCCUGGCUUCAUCUUGCUGAGCACCAAGAGCGCGUUAUUCUUCCCGCAAGAUACAACGAUCGGCCCUUCAACUAUGCAGAGACGAAGCUUGUGGCAGAGGCUAAACUCUCCGUGUAUGAACGGGCAUUAAAGGUGAACGGUGAGAACCCUCAGCGCGAUCACCUUCUGCUCGGCCGCAUGGAAGAGGGCGCGAAGGUCUGGGACUCGAAAAAGCUCUCCAGAGAAUGGGAAGAAAUUUUAUGCUAUAACUCCGAGUUCAUUAGCCUAUGGGUCGAGUAUCUGGCUUUCUGUCAGACGGACUUCGAAAAUUUCGACUUCGAUCAAUGUUUCACCUCUUACGUGUACUGCCUGAGACUCCAUUCGAACGUUGGGUUCGGUUCGCGCAACAGUCACAUCAGGACUUAUUUACUCCUGCGCCUGACGCUUUUCCUCCGAGAAGCGGGCUUCAUGGAACUAGCCGUCGGUUUGUGGCAAGCCGUGCUUGAGUUUACGUACUUCCGACCCUCUCAUCUUUCUGACAAAGCAAAAGCUUUAGAAGAGUUCCAAGCUUUCUGGGAAUCUGAUAUUCCACGUAUUGGAGAGCCAAAUGCCAAGGGUUGGAAAAAUGGAAAUUCCUCUACCACCGUUUUUGACGAUUCGAUUUACGAAUACGAAGCUACCCUGCCAAACUUGUUUCCAACCUGGGCAUUUGCAGAGAGGGAAUACGCCACGAAAAGUCGCAUGCCUGCACGCAGUCUGGAUUUAUCCAAAGAGGAUGAAGCUUUCCGAGUGGUCCUUGCCGAAGACUGCAAACAGAUACUGCCGUACUUCUGGGAUUUCAAAGAUAAUAUGGAUGAGCUUAUUGAUGGAUUCAUCUGUUUCUGUCAUUUGCCUCAUCUGACUGUCCCUGAAAAUAUGCAAACCACACGACUGUGGAGCGGCGACAAUUUUCUGCGAAAUGAAUACAUGGACAAUUCACGAAACACACUCGACGACUGGAUUACUCCUUCGAAAAAUGCUGAAACCGCAGCAAUUGCGCCUUUCGCAUUCCCACAUCACAAUUUCAUUCACACUACAGAGACGCUGUUUGCCGAUCCGAAAUUGUGGUUUUCGGCACUGGAGAAAUGGGGCGUGACCACCUCCAGCAACACCUCAGUGAUUGAUCCUGAAUUUGUACAAUCGACUCUCCAUACUCUUGUCCAUGCGUUUCCGGGUGACGAUCAAUUGGCCGAAUAUGCGAUUGCUGUGACUUUUGCAUGUGACAAAACCCUGGGCAAAAAAUAUGGCAAACAAGUGUUGAAACAGCGAUCAUCUAACUUGAGAUUAUAUAAUGCUGUCGCGCUAAUGCAUUGGCGGACGGGCCAUCGUGAUGUUGCUCAUAGUAUCUGGUCAACUGCUUUGUCGAUGAGCCAGACUUCUGAGGACGAACAUAUCAGCUCCGUCCUUCUGUGGAACUCCUGGAUAUGGGAGAUGCUGCAUGCUCGGGAGAUGUUCCGAGUCACAUAUCUGUUGCAAGCUAUACCUUACGAAAAGGUGCAUAUGCUGUCGUACGAAACCGCCGAUGAAAGGGAUCUCAAUCCGACCAAGUUCCUUCGAACCCAGCAGUCCUUGCUCGCGGGCCAAGACCGUGCUUUUGCAUACAGAAAACCUCAAGCAUUUGUGGCCUACACUGAUUGUCUUGCUAUCCUCCGUUUCGUUGCAGGCCACCCACUUAAGCAAGUUCUUGAAGUCUAUGAAGAUGCGGUUUCUUAUUUUGUAACGUUAUCCCAAAGCGAAGAGACCACAAAAGUUUUCGCCGCGGAGCUGCUUCACCAAGCUCGCGCCAGAAUCAUUUACUACUAUGUGGAGAAUCGAACCGGGCAAUUCAGACCUGCUGAGGUCCGUGAGAAACUUCUCAGCAGCCUGCAGGUCUGGCCUCACAACACCAUGUUCUUGUCGUUGUUCAAAUGGAAUGACGCUCGCUUACGUCUCAUGGAUCGCACUCGGGACAUCUUCGAUAUUACCAGUCUAGCGGAGGGCAGGGCCUCCCAGGAGAUCAGUGGACAUGUUCACCGUGUCCCAAUCACAACUCACCUAUUGAGUAUUUACACCGAACUCGGUCGUCCUCUCGUUUUCGGCUCAACUGCCCAUUCUAUUCGUGCGGCCUUCGAAAGAGCAAUUGGUGACAAAUUCAUCCCAAUGGGCAAAACACCUCUGAAACGGGGCCCUUACGAUCUCUCCAGCUCCAGUCGUGCUCAAAACAACCUUACCAUCUGGAAGCUUUACAUAUUCUUCGAACUGUACACCGAGCACAAUAUUCCUCGUGCCCGGGAUAUCUUCCUGCGCGCCUUCCGAGCGUGUCCCUGGUCCAAGGAGCUUAUUAUGAUUGCAUUCGAGCACCUGCGUGCCGACCUUACCAGCCACCUUCCCCUGUGUCAGAUCAAUACAAAGAACGAGUCCAAUCCGCCAGGUUUCGACACUGCCGAGCUCAAGGCCUUUUACACAGAUGCUCAUCUGCGAGGGAUCAGAAUUCACCACAAUAUCAGCGGCUACUUCUACCGCGAGGGUGAAGAAGACGGUAUUGACCAGGAUGACCAAGGUGCCGGGACCUUCGAUGCUGACAACGACCAGCCGCCAAAGAAGAUCCGUCGACGCAUGAGUCACUCAGGCACUUUCCAACAUCUUCCUACUGUUGUGGAAGAGGAUGUUGUUAUGAUGGAGACCUCUUAG